AAUAUUGGAUGGCAGAAAAGUAAAAUAGGAGAAAUUAUAUGGUCCACGCCCACAAGAAGUACCUUAUAAUUCCAAAUUCCAAUCAAUCUCUGCGAAUACAUACAGAAAAGAAAGACAACUUCUCAGAUAAGGAGGAGGCAGAGAGGGAUUGCGGCAAGUGUGAGAGAAUACAGAAGAGAAGUGAAACUGAUUAUUAUUUUGAGUAGUCGUCGCUGAAAUUUCUCAUCUUCUGAGUGAUGGGUGAGACCUGCCGGUGCUCCCACACUUCUCACAUCACCGAAAUCAUCAUCACCAGCUUUUUCCGCCAUAAAUGAUCAAUCUUGAAUAAUUUAUUUAGGAGAUCGUAUAUCUGUGUGAUGGAAGUUUGAGAAUCGUUAUACUUUUCAGCUGGUGUAUUGGACUGUAGAUGGCGACUGCCGGUGGAAGUGGUGGUGGUGGUGGUGGUUCUGGUACCGAUCUGUCUGUUGUGAUUACAACCGAAAGGAGUCCCUGUCCUUCUCAGUCUCUCGAUGCCUUUUUCGUUUCUGCCUCUUCUCCUUUUCUUGGUGAACCUGAUGCUUUGUCUAUUUGUUUCCAUUUCUGGGAUUUGGUAUUUGUGCAAAUUCUUGUGCAAAUACAGAGGAAUAUGAAAUCAAUGAGAAAGAUUUUAGCUUUACCCUGAGCAAUCAGGGUGGGCUCAAGAUCCAUGGUUAGCUUUCAAGAUGUUCGAGGGAACAGAUCCCCUAAGUCAUUCUUUGGCCAGUAUGAUUUCGGCGAUAAUGGAGAUGAAGAAUGGGACGAGUAUUUUCAUCAGCCGGAAAAGAAGAGGAGGCUUAGUGUAGAUCAAGUCCAUUUUCUAGAGAAAAGUUUCAACUUGGAGAACAAGCUUGAACCUGAAAGGAAAGUGCAGCUUGCAAAGGACCUUGGCUUGCAGCCCCGUCAGAUUGCAAUAUGGUUUCAAAACCGUCGGGCAAGGUGCAAGUCAAAACAGCUUGAGAAGGAUUUUGAUGCAUUGCAAGAUUGCUAUAACAGCCUCAAGGCUGAGUAUGACAGCCUUCAAGAUGUGAAGGAUAAGCUAAAAGCUGAGGUUGACAACCUCACAGAGAAGCUGCUUCUGAAAGAAAAAGAGAUGGGGAGCACGGAAUCAUGUGAAUUGAAUGCCUUAUCUAAACAGCAUCCGCAAAAGCCUAUUACUGAUUUGGUUUCUGAGGGUGAAGUAGCCAAAAUUUCAACUGUGGCCUGUAACCAAGACAUUAGUUCAGCCAAAAUUGAUACAUUUGAUUCAGACAGCCCAGGUUGCGCUGAUGGGGUUCAUGCUUCACUCUUAAAGACUGGUGAUUCGCCAAAUGUCUUUGAACCGGAGCAGUCAGAUUUAUCUCACGAUGAGGAAGAUGACUUUGGCAAGAGCUUGUUACCCCAACACAUCUUUCCAAAGCUCAAAGGCAUUGACUACUCUGAUUCCCCAGCAAAUCCAAGCAACUUUGGAUUCCCUGUUGAAGAUCAUGCCUUAUGGUGCUGGUCGUACUGAGCAUCCUGUUUGGUAAAAGCUUUAUUUGUCGCUCUUUUUUAUUAAACCAUAUAAUAGUGCGGUAAUUAUGGACUCUGCAACCAAAUAACAUGAGCUGCAUCCCCAUUCCUAGCGUGGUGUGGUGGGUGGUAACGGUGGUCUUUGCCUCUUGUAAUGUUGUUUUGUUGAGGCUCUUAAGAGUUCAAUGUAAACCUUGUUCAUUUCGAUUGUUAAUAAAUAAUCUCUGUGUCGUGAAAAUCUUGAUGGGAAUGGUUCAUUGCACUUGGAAACUUGUACUUGUUUGAAGCAAUCAUUGAAGUUGUCAAUUUGUCACAAA